CUUCCUGGUCCCUCCCCUGCAGAUCUACAGCUGUGUGGAUGGGUCUAACCAACAUGGCGCUGCACACACACAGCUGACAGGCUCCACUCGCUGCACACACACAUGCUUUGAGAUCGCAGCUCAAACUAGUUUCACUUCUCAGGAAGUGAGACUCACACAGUCGCUGGCAGUGAAGGAGAAAUGGCGCAGAAAGGAGUUCAGCUGGACCGCGAAACCUUCUCUUGUUCCAUCUGUCUGGAUCUACUGAAGGAUCCGGUGACGACUCCCUGUGGACACAGCUACUGCAAGAACUGUAUUCAAAGCUUCUGGGAUGGAGAGGACGAGAAGAGAAGCCACAGCUGCCCUCAGUGCAGGCAGACCUUCACACCGAGGCCUGUCCUGCUGAAGAACACCAUUAUAGCAGCUGUAGUGGAGGAGCUGAAGAAGACUGGACUCCAAGCUGCUCCUGCUGAUCACUGCUAUGCUGGACCUGAAGAUGUGGGAUGUGAUGUCUGCACUGGGAGAAAACUGAAAGCCUUCAAGUCCUGUGUGCAGUGUGUGGCCUCUUACUGUGAGAAACACCUCCAGCCUCAUUAUGAUGUGGCUCCAUUAAAGAAACACAAGCUGGUGGAGCCCUCCCAGAAGCUCCAGGAGAACAUGUGCUCUCGUCACGAUGAGGUGAUGAAGAUGUUCUGCCGUACUGAUCAGCAGUGUAUCUGUUAUCUCUGCUCUCUGGAGGAACAUAAAGGCCACGACACAGUCUCAGCUGCAGCAGAAAGGACUGAGAGGCAGAGAGAG